AUGUAUAACAGAUAUACUUUUCGAGUGAAUAAUCUUGAUUCAAACAACUCUUCUACCAGUCCCCGCUUGCAGCUGCGGAACCAUUCCCCUGGCCGGUUAGCAAAGCGCCAAGCACAGAGAGGAAUCGAAGACGAUAAUUUCUUUGGAGACUCGUCAAUCGCGUCCUUCUUGAGGCAGAUUCAGGAUUCUGCAGCUGCACAGUCAUUCUCUGCGGCCCCAACACCCAAAGCAGUUGAUCUGCCACCACGAGAAUUAGCGGACUACCUCCUAGAUUGCUACUAUGAGAAAAUUCACACUCUAUAUCCGUUUUUCCACAGGCCUGCCUUUGCUCGCGCAUACAGUGCUUUAUGGGCGCCCGGGCCUACAACGGAUGCGAAUGACUUUGGAAAACGAAUCGGCUUAGGAGACCCAAGUGUGCCCUGGCCGAUAUUUCACGCCGGGCUGAACAUUAUCCUAGCACUGGGUUGCCAAUUCUCCUCAUUGGACAGAAUGACGCGUGAAGCCACCGCGGAUGCUUUCUUCCAGCGCUCCCAGAGGUUCUUAAAUGGCAUCUCCAUGGAUAAAGGGAGUUUGGCUCUUGUCCAGACACUUUUACUGAUGUCGUCUUAUCUGCAAGGAAGCGAAUCCCCGGCACGGUGCUGGAAUACCAUUGGCUUUGCAUGCAGAAUGGCGCAAGCACUCGGAAUGCAUUCCUUGAGUUCGGAUAGAUUUCGAUCGACGGCGGAGAUCCAAGUCAGAAGACGCGUGUGGCAUGGGUGUAUCAUGUUGGAUCUGUAA